GAAAGAUGAAAUAGAAAUAGCAUAUUUGGAUUGACUAUCCAUAGGCACUUCAGGGAACCCCCUGGUUUUUAAGGCUUUCAUAUAAAUACCACAUGCCUGAGAGAUCUAUACAUAUUGCUGAUAAGAAUUGACUCAAUUUUUAAAAAUUAUCUUGUUGGCUAUUUGUUCAAUUCUGCCUACCAAAAGUAAGUUUAGUGGAAUAUAUAUUUGGAAUUUACUCCUAGAUAAAUAAUUAUAGCUCUAUAGCCUGAACAAAUUCUGCAUGAGGAUUUCCGAUGUGCAAAAAAAAAAAAAAAAAAAAAAGACACCAAUGGGCAGAAAGAAAACUACAACACCCAGGAUGCAACGUGGCAGCCAUGCCGGGACCGAGCAUGAGCAUAGAUGGGUCCUGCCUGGGAACAGCGCCGGCCGAAGAGAAAUGGUGAUAAACAAGAGAGCGAUUUAAACUCUCUCUCUCUCUCUCUCUCUCUCUCUCUCUCUCUCUCUCUCUCUCUCUCUCGCGUAGGCAAAGGAGCAGCUGGAAGGAGGACCACUCUCUUCCAGUGAUUGCGGACCACCGCCACUGCAUCGACGCCGUGUGAGGCAAAGUUAUGCGUCCCCAGUAGCGGGCGGAGAGCCUAUUGCUGCAACAACAGGGCGAGAACUACUGCAGUGUCCUAGGAAGCGCUGCAGGAGGCAAGUGCCAUUCUCGCUGCUGUUGUAAUAUGGAUGAAUAGGUGCCAGUCUUGUUUGCCCACGUCUUUUAGUUUGAUUCCAAGUCUUUGCUCCAUUAUGAUAAAGAAGACUGAGAAUGCAUUCUUCUUCCUUAGCGUUUACCACCUGCCUACUUCCAAGAUCUGGGUCCAGAAUGAACAUAGCAGCAGUGUUUAACUCCUUGCUAGUAUGUGUCCUUGCUGCUGUGCUGUGGAACUAUAUCAAGCUGCAUGAUCAUGUCUUUGUGCUGGAAGAGGAGUUAGUCCUCAUGCGUCAGUCCCAGGAAAUCUCUCAGUUCAGCAUUGACUAUCAUGUCGCACUUCAAGCUCUGGUAGAAGAUGGCACCAAAAUGGUGUGCACUGGCAGGAUGCACACUGACCGUAUAUGCCGUUUUGAGUCUCUCUGUUAUUCCACUGAAGCUGAGGAAUUCGUCUUCUUCCAUAGCAGUUCUUCUGUCAUGCUUCCAAACUUGGGCUCCAGAAGAUUUCAGCCUGCCCUACUUGAUCUCUCCUCAGUGGAGGACCAUAAUACCCAGUACUUCAAUUUUGUAGAACUACCGGCUGCAGCUCUGAAAUUUAUGCCAAAGCCUGUUUUUGUUCCUGAUGUAGCACUGAUUAUGAAUAGGUUCAAUCCAGAUAAUUUGAUGCACAUUUUCCAUGAUGAUCUCCUUCCAAUUUUCUAUACAAUGCAGCAGUUCCCAGAUUUGGACUUGGACACCAGAUUGUUCUUCAUGGAAGGCUGGGGUGAAGGACUACACUUUGAGCUAUACAAAUUGCUUAGCAACAAGCAACCACUCCUAAGAGAGCAGCUUAAAACACUUGGGCGGCUCCUGUGCUUCACCAAGUCAUAUGUAGGUCUGUCUAAAAUCACAACCUGGUAUCAAUAUGGUUUUGUUCAGCCCCAGGGGCCAAAAGCCAAUAUCCUGGUCUCUGGCAAUGAGAUCCGACAGUUCAAAACAUUCAUGAUGAAGAGGCUAAAUGUGAGUUUGGAAGGGAUACCUGGUGAGGAAUAUAUAAUAGUAUUCAGCCGAACCAUCAAUAGACUAAUCCUAAAUGAGGCAGAGCUAAUUUUGGCACUUGCCCAAGAAUUUCAGAUGAAAACCAUUACCGUUUCCAUAGAAGACCAUACAUUUUCAGAAAUAGUACACUUGAUUAGCAAUGCAUCCAUGCUUGUCAGCAUGCAUGGAGCUCAACUUGUGAUGUCUCUCUUCCUGCCAAGAGGAGCCACUGUUGUGGAACUCUUCCCUUUUGCAAUAAAUCCUGAACAUUAUACCCCUUACAAGACAUUAUCUACCCUUCCUGGCAUGGAUCUUCAGUACAUUUCAUGGCAAAACACUGAAAAGGAGAAUACUGUGACUUAUCCAGACAGACCUUGGGAUCAAGGAGGAAUUGCCCACUUAGACAAAACAGAACAAGAUCGCAUUAUAAAGAGCAAUGAGGUUUCCCGGCACCUGUGUUGCCGCAACCCAGAAUGGCUUUUCCGUAUCUAUCAGGACACCAAAAUUAAUAUUGCUUCCCUUAUCCAGAUCAUCAGGCAAACAGUGAAAACCAAACCAAGGCCUAAGAAGCAAAAGUGGACUAGUGGCCUCUAUCCAGGCAAAGUUAGAGAUGCUAAAUGCCAAGCCUCUAUCCAGGGUACCAGUGAAGCUAAGCUCUCUAUAUCUUGGCAGAUCCCUUGGAAUCUGAAAUACUUGAAGGUCAGAGAAGUAAAAUAUGAAGUUUGGAUUCAGGAGCAAGGAGAAAAUACAUACAUGCCUUACAUUUUGUCCCACCGAAACCAUACAUUUUCAGACAACAUUAAACCAUUCACGAACUAUCUGGUGUGGAUCCGAUGCAUUUUCAACAAAAAUCUCCUUGGGCCCUUUGCAGAUAUGUUAGUUUGCAGCACAUAAUUGUUUUAUAGCUACUAGCUUCAAAGAAGGCAAACCCAAGUUUGGGUCCUGUCAUUUAAGAAGAUGGACAAGAACUUGCCGACCAUGAUAGUGCCUACAUGCCACUUUAUUGCAUUCUGAAUGUCUUCUCUGUUCUGUGUAACAUUACAUUCAGUUAGUAGAUAAACUCUCUUAAUUAUUUAAAGAGGCAUGAGGCUACAAAAUCGGAGUGGAAUAAUUGUUUUAUCUUGAUAGUUCUAGGAACUUUUCUGUCUCUCUUUUGUGUGGUAAAUCUUUUAAAUCUAGCUUUAUACUGGAAUUUGGUUAUGUCACUGAAUGUACAAUUUUAAAUUUAUUUUUUUGUUUGUUUCCUAAAAGGUGUGUAUUCCAGAGCAGAAAUUUGGUUCCAGAAUAUUUAUUAAAUAGUUGAAAACC